AUGUCGACGCGAUACGAUGAUGUGGGGACUCCCUGCCCCACAGCCUGGAGAAGAGACAGCAAACUGCCCUUUAGAAACAGCACGUAUAUUAGUGACUUCUAUGAUGAGUUUGGGCUUUGCGAAGGCGAUACUGCCCCAAUCGACUUUACUGCUGAUGUCCGCACCCCGUUAACAAAAGUGAAACCGAGGAAGGGAGGCCAGGCAAAAGCGUUCAGUAUUCACGAGGAUGGGCUUGAUAACUUCGGGCCCGUGAAGGGCAAACCAACUGAGCCAGGCCUACGUCCAAAUGUCAAACCUAUAUGCAAAAGCUCGUCGAUGUUCUCUCAACCAGCUCAAAGAUUUCAACGACCUAGAGUCAGUUUCGCCGCUCUGGAAGCGCCGAAAGCAGAAGAACCUGCCGUGCAACGGAAAAGCCCUCCACAACCUAAUAAGUCACCUAUCAUAAGCAAUCGCAUUACGACGCAGAAAGAGGAGCAACCACCAGUCAUUGCCGCCGAUCCUCUGAAGAAGUCAAUUAGGAGAAGAACAAUUUACAUUCCUUCUGAAGACACAACUGUGCCCUCUGUUUUCAUGGGUAUAUUCAGCCCAAUCAAAAACGUAAAUCCUCUUAAAAGAAAUGACGAUGUCACCGAAGCUUCUGAGAUUGGGAGCUUAGAAUCCAAGAUUAUUCGGAAGCGGUCAGCAAGGAAGUCACUCUCCGUCGCGCCUCGCCGCGCACCUCUUCAGCCUACCUUAAAACCGAUGCAAGAAUCUAGCAUAAAACAGGAUAUACCAGGUCAGAAUGGUGGAAAGGAGAACAUGCCUCCAGGCGGUGUAACCAUUUCUAGCACCAAACAUGGGAAACUUAAAGGGGAAGAUUUCCCUGUCUUCGAUGUGCCGCAUGUUGAAAAGAGGAAGAGUGCAGGCGCCGUGGAGCCCGUGAAAAGGGCUCCAUCCAUUGUUAAGUCAGCCGUGGAAGCGAAGCCAGAGACUCGGAGCAAUCCUCCGCCCGCGAACAGGAAGCCCCUUGGUAAUAAACCAAGUGUGACCCUGAACUCCAAAAUAAGCUUGCGGGGAAAAAACACCUUUAAUCCAAAGACCAACGUAAAGGCUGUCCCAAGUCAGGGGUCCAGACCACCACGCUCGUCUCCUGUCCCUAAGCUCUCAGCAAGAGGGAAGCCUGCAGUGACACAACGAGCUCCAACGAAACUUACAGGUCCCAAGACCCUUCAGUUAAGAAUCGAUCAGAAAUAUCCUCUCCUAAGCGAAGACAUAUCUAACCCCGCUAUGUAUGAGGAGAAUUGGCUUGCACAUCAAGAGGCGGCAAUCACUCAACUUGCACGAGCCUUCUGGGGAUCUACCAAGGAGCCCCCUUCUCCCUCCUAUACAAGCGAAUCCCACGCAUCUCUACUAUACGGUUCAUUGGGCGUACCUAGAGAUGUAUUGGCUCGCGGAAAUGGUUUGAAGGAGGACAUCGGACGAAAACGCACAUUCUUGAAUUUUUGGAUAGAAACUUAUGACCUAUCCGCGCUUCGAGCCGCCGCGGAAACAGUGAUCGGUCGAAGAAUACCCGUCCCAAGUCGGCCAUCUAGACUCAGCGAUUCCAAGACUUCGGUUUUUCCAAGGGAGGGCAGACACCUCCGUCGUACAUUGGAGUCAUUUUUGGAAACAUUUAUUCUUCGAAACGAGGAUGUUGGGCCUACAAUUGCUAGCCUGGAUGGGGAGGAUGUUGGUACACCGCGUUGGUCGUAUCGAAGAACUAUUCUGCGCAGUAUCAUGAUAAUUGUGCUCCUCGACAAGGCGAGGUCAAAUUCAGGAACUACACUGCCGCGAUGUUUGUUUAACCCGUCGUCAAAAUAUAAAUCAUCCGCAGCUGCUCUCCAGGGCUUAGGAGCUAUGUUGUUACCGUCUGCUGGAGAUAUUACUCGGCUAUUGAGUCACCUUGACUGCAGAGUAUCCUACAAACAACACCCUCUACAAGAAUACGAUUAUCGCAUUAACAACCUUGCAGUAGAUCUUCGAGAUGGUAUACUUCUUACGAGGCUGGUAGAACUACUUCUAUACCCAUCCGCUUCAGCUGUACUCUCUCAAGAACAUGGCCCUGAUGCCACCUCCACUGCACUAGCCAUGCCAACGGGAGAAAUCUUGCCUCUUGUAGAAGGAGAGGAAGACUGGAUACUCUCUCAACAUCUAAAGAUACCCUGCAUUGGUCGGGCAACGAAAUUAUUCAACGUGCAAAUUGCGCUAGGCGCUCUGGCCGUCGUUCGGGGCUUUGGCAGCAUAGCCCAAGAGAUCCGUGCCGAGGAUAUCGUCGAUGGAAACCGCGAAAAAACCAUAGCGCUGCUGUGGGGCCUUGUUGGGAAAUGGGGGUUGUCUGUCUUGGUGGACUGGGACGAUGUUAGGAGGGAAAUUCGACGGUUGGAAAUGAAAGCGGCAACUUGUGGUGCAGGUAGUGGAAGCAGGCGCGAAUCCGAAGCUAGCAGUGAAGAGGUAGAAGAAGAAGAAGAAGAAGAGGAAAAAGAGGAAGCAGAUUUCGAUGCAUGCUAUGAGAGGCACUCGUUCCUUCUCAAGAAAUGGGCGUCAUGCCUUGCGCGACUUGGGGGAGUUCGACUUGAUAACUUGACAACGAGCUUUGCUGACGGGCGGAUUUUCGGGAGCAUCGUGGACGAAUACGAGGGCUUCAUCGUUGGGGAGGAAGGGAAGCUGAAUAGCUCAACAAGCUUGGAUGUGAGACUGAGGUUUUUGGGCUGCAGUCGUCAAUUUGCCUCGCUUGUGACCCCGUCACCUUCACCUUUAGGCGUAUCCUCAUCUCAUUUUUUUGAUCGGGAUUGCACUCUCUCAGCUCUGGCUUUUCUUUGUAGUAGGCUUCUACCUGCCUCGAAAAGGGCGCGGGCAGCGAUUGUUCUACAAUCAGCUUGGAGACGAACGCAUGCUCGACGUCAACUCCAAAAACGCAUCAUCCUGGGAAAGAUCGCAACGGAAUGUAUGGAGGUUGUACAGGAGAGGAAGAGGUUACUAUGGGCAAAGGGUAUCAUCGUUCGUUGGUGGAGGAAUGUCGGGGGUAACAGUGGGAAGAAGAAAUGCCUCAUAAGGAAAACUGGGGCCUCUUCUGACAAACAUCCAGCAAGAAAAUUGAGAGCUACAGCUCAUCCUAGAAAUAAAGCAGUGUCGAGGAGAUGGAGUGCCAAAGUUGCUUUCACGGAAGAUGCUGACCUGGGCCAAGGUCAAGACGGGCGGUUGGCGACGGGUGAUCUUCAACCUAUAGAGGAGGAUCUAUGGCUUGACCUUUGA